AUGGCCACACGUCGCGCGUUUGCGUCCUCGAAGUUUCGCAAGCCUUUACAAUACCUGCAAACACGCUCAUAUACGCCUUCACCUCUGCGAUCAUAUAAGAACCCCAAAGAGGGAGAGUUUCCACGAACCGCCGGAGGCAUUCAUCCCGACGAGCUUGAACAGCUUCUAGCAGAGCCCACAUGGUCCGUCGAGUCUCUGCUACCACCAAAGACACGCGCUCCCGACGCUCCUCAGAUCACCUCCCAGCAACUUCACCACCUACUUCGCCUAUCAGCCCUCCCGCCGCCAGAAACACCCGAACAAGAGAAGAAGAUGCUAGACACUCUGGCAGCACAAUUACACUUUGUGGGCAAGAUACAGGAGGUGGACACGACGGGUGUAAAACCUCUUCGAGCAAUACGUGAUGAGACGAUGGCUGCAGAAGAGGAGCAAAAAAUCACGUUGGAGACACUCAAGGAUGCCCUGGGCAAAGAAAAGGUCAUAGGACAGCAUCACAAGCGGUUACAACGAGACGCUACACCUGUAAAUGCUAAAGAUGUUGAGGACUGGGAUGUGCUGGGCUCAGCUGAGCGGAAAUCUGGCAAAUACUUCGUCGUGGAGAGCGAGCGGCCGCAGGAAUAA